AAAAUAGUUAAACUUUUUGAAAACAAAAAUAGUUAGAAAUCUCGGUUGGUUAAGUCCGUCCAUUUCGUAACCGUAAAGUGCCACUUUGUUUAAAUUGGGGUGUAGUCAUUUCUUCACGUGUUUGAGGGCAGCACUGAGGCAGUUGUUCACGAGAUUUAAAGUUUCUCCUCAGUGCCUCAUUACUUCCUUCUCAUUUGAAUUUGUGUGUCAGAAGCGAUUCCUUCCUUACUGUCAACAGUUUUAUCAAUACUAUGGAAGGUAUUGAUAUUGUAGCUGAAAAUAUAAUUAAAAUAGAACAGGUUAAAGAAGAACCUGUUGAUAUUGAAGAACCAAUUUCAAUAAGAGAAAAUGAUCCCAAUCAGGUGUGGUGUUCAGUGAAGUCUGAAAAUACUGAAGAAGAUCCUCUUGCACCGUGCUGUGGAAGUUCUACUUCAAAGUCACCGGAAGAUAUGUGUUCCUCAGCGGAAAAUAUAAUUAAAAUAGAGCAGGUUAAAGAAGAACCAGUUGACAUUGAAAAACACAAUUCUGUAGAAGAUGAUCACAGUCAUGAAUGGUGUUCAGUAAAGGCAGAAAAUAUUGUAGAAGAUCUUCUUGCGCCGUACUGUGAAAGUUCUACUUCAAAAAAUCACGAAGAUCUGUUAUGUUCUUCAGAUUUUGAACUGAAUUCGUUUGACUGUACCGUCUGCAAGAUGACCGUCACCCAAAGAAAGAAAAUAUUUAGGCACCCGCGUAUCGAAGUUAAUGAGCAACAUUUCCGAUGCUCUGACUGUGAGAUGCGAUUCUGCGGAAAGUCCGUCGUGAAACCAGAUACGCACAUCCACAGUGGGGAGAGACCUUUUGAAUGUGCUGUAUGGAAGAAGAGAUUUACUCUAAAGGGGAACUUGCGUAGGCAUAUGCGCGUCCACGAUUGUGAAAAACAUUUUCAAUGUUCAAUUUGUGAGAAGAGAUUUACCACAAACAGAAACUUACUACGACACAUGGUUGUCCAUAGUGGCGAACAACGUUUCCAUUGCAGUGUCUGUGAGAAGAGAUUCUACGUAAAAGAACACUUACAACAGCAUAUGCGCAUGCAUACUGGGGACAAACCUUUUCAAUGCACUGUGUGUGAAAAGAGCUUCAGUCAAAAAGGAAACUUACUUAGGCACAUGGACAUCCACGCUGGUCAGAAACGUUUUCAGUGUUCCACCUGCGAGAAAAGAUAUUCAUCAAUGGAGUACUUCCGAGCGCACAAGCGCCUUCACACUGGUGAGAUACGUUUUGAAUGCCCAACCUGUAAGAAAUACUUCACUCAAAAGGAACACAUGAAUGAACACAUGCGCAUUCACACUGGCGACAAACCUUUUCAGUGUUCAAUCUGUGAGAAAAGAUUCAUUGUAAAGAGCGCAUUAUUACGGCACAUAGGCAUCCACACUAGUGAGAAACCUUUUGAAUGCCCAACCUGCAAGAAGUCCUUCACUCAAAACGUGCACAUGAAGGAACACAUGCGUAUUCACACUGGAGAGAAACCUUAUGAGUGUUCCAUCUGUCUGAAGAGAUUCUGUGGGAAGAGCACAUUGUUACGACACAUGGUCAUUCACACUAGUGAGAAAUCUUUCGAAUGCGCAAUUUGAAAAAAAGUCCUUCACUCAAAAAGGGCAUAUGAAUGAACACAGGUGAUAAACCUUAUGUGUUCCAUCUGUGAGAUGCGAUUCACCAGAAUAGAGAUUUAGUACGACACACGGGCAUCUACACUAUUAACGAUUAGAAGGUACAAUCUUCAAGAAUGGCUUUUUUGUUUCGAAAAAACGGUGCAUUAAUGAACUUAGAAACAACCACUCAUACACACGUUCGUAAAUGUGAACGUUCCAUUGGCGAUAAGAGGUUUUCCACCAAGCAAAACUUAUUACGACUCAUUGGCAUCCACUUAUGUGAGGAACCUUAUGAAUUCACCGUUUGCUAGAAUUGCUUAAAUAGAAUGGGUUGUGAGCCGUUUCUGGAGUGCUAGUGACAUCUUCCUGGCGGCUCAUUGAAAAACGAAAGAAGUGUAUUAAAAAGUCGAAACUAAAAUU